CACCCACCAACUCAACCACGCCCAGCCCCAGCCACGAGCCACGAAGAUCCAAGGGCAGUUGAACAUAUCCAAAAAAGAAACAUCAAGACAAUAAUCUCGAGACGAUGAACCAACAGGGUCGAGAGUUUGCGAAACUGCUGGCCAAACAGGCUCGAGUGUUUGGCCAAUCGGGUCCAGGGCGAGGCAGCAACUCCAACUUCGGCGGAGGGCCAUCGGGCAUCGGGAAGGCCCUGGGUGGAGCCGGCGGCCUACUGCUCCUGGGUGGGGCGGCCAUCACCCUCAACUCGGCACUCUUCAACGUCGAUGGUGGUCACCGGGCCAUCAAAUAUACUCGGCUCCAUGGGGUCAGACCGGAUGUGUAUGGGGAAGGCACUCAUUUUGUCAUCCCUUGGUUGGAAACCCCGAUCAUUUAUGAUGUCCGAGCGAAACCUAGAACGAUUGCUUCACUCACUGGCACAAAAGAUCUUCAGAUGGUCAACAUCACUUGUCGAGUUCUAUCCCGACCUAACGUCGAUUCCCUGGCAACGAUCUAUCGAGAACUUGGCUCGGAUUAUGAUGAGCGUGUAUUACCCAGCAUAGUAAACGAGGUCUUAAAAUCGGUUGUAGCCCAGUUCAACGCAUCCCAACUGAUUGGACAACGAGAGAUGGUCUCCCGACUUGUGCGAGAAAACCUCACGCGUCGAGCCUCCCGCUUCAACCUAACACUAGACGAUGUCUCGAUCACUCAUGUCACCUUCUCGCCUGCUUUCAGUGAGGCGGUGGAGAGCAAACAGAUCGCCCAACAAACCGCUCAACGUGCUGCCUUCCUAGUCGAUCAAGCCAUUCAAGAGAAACAGGCCACCAAAAUUCGUGCUCAGGGUGAAGCUCGAAGUGCCGAGUUGAUUGGUGAGGCUGUCAAACAGAAUCGAGGUUUCUUGCAACUUAGAAGGCUUGAAGCUGCACGAGAGAUUGCUGGGGUGGUUGCCCAAAGUGGCAACCGACUGAUCCUAGACUCAGACACAUUGAUGUUAAAUGUUAAUGAUGAAUCCCUCAACCGACAAAAGAAGUGACUCGAGGGAUAUAUAUCUCAAGGUGUUGACUAUUAGACUUGUUCUGUUCGAUCACUUUGGGUGAUCAUCUUGAUCAGGUUGUACAUGCCUCACACCAAGGCAGGUUUGAUUAUAUCCAUCACACAUACCAGAGCUAAGCAAUGAGCAUCAAAAAGUUACAUAUAACAUGUAACAGUGAAAUUUAAAGCAAACGUGUAACUCCAUGGUCACUUGAUAGUCUUCCCUAUGUCAUGUCAUUCCUUUUUGACUCCCUCAUGUAAUUCCUUCUUGUGCGAGUUAGCAAUGAUGUACGUCAUUCACAAUGCACACAAGAGGGCUUGUUUUUCUCUAUCACGGAAGCUCAUCAGCUCUUUCCUACAUUCUGGUUAGAUCCCGCCCCAAACAAUGUACUGUUGGUUUGUAUAGCUCUUGGAGCCCCCCUCUCUGGCUUGGAUGCUGUUAGUUUCAGCAAGUUUCUACGUCUUGGCCUGUCUUUUUUUUUCUUUUACUCGACAGAUAUGGGUAACUCCCGACAUACGUUGUAGCGAAUCAAGCUGCACAGACGCAGGAGAAUUUGUGCAUGAAGAUAAAAAAGCAGCGGGUUUGUUUUG